GAACACCCUGUUUAUCGAUCCUUUUCCAUAGGUUUAAAUGGCAUAACAAUCGAUAUAUCGCAAAACACGCCACGCCACUGGUAUUGAUCUGAUAAAAUUGAAUUAAAUUAUUAAAUUAGCAAGACAGUAGGACAAAUGUAUGCCGUCAGCAGUUAUUCAAAGGAUGUGCAAAAGCAUGGGGAUUUUUUUUGUCAUUUGUCUGGCAUUCAGCCGUUGGUUGAGCUAAUUCGGAGACAAAAAACCUCACGUAUACAUUUGUACAUAUUCUACAGCACACCUUAGCUACUGAAAUUCAGAAUUAAAAGUUCUCUCUCCUCCUCGGAAUUCUUUCCGUCUAAACUUUGGCACAUGCAAAAAUUUUUCUAGGAAUGUUCAAGAACUAUCGCUAAGUCAUACUCCCGUCAAAGCUUUUCCAACAUAUGCCGUCAAAACUGUCUAUUAUGUAUAAGUUGUGAUUUUUGCUUGUAUUCAAAAAGGAGGCGCACUUUUCGGCACUGCACAUAAUCAUAACAUAACGGUGGCAAGUCAUUUUUCCUAAAACUUUUUUCCUACUGCAAUUUUUCCUGAUACUUUUUUCCUACUCGCUUUUUGUCCCAUUACAGUUAGUCCUACGAGUGAGAUGUGCUGCUGGAUUUUUUCCUAGGGGCAUUUGUCCUAAAUUCAAUUUUAAAACUAGGGGAUCGAGAAAGUAAAAAAACAACAUAGGUACCUCACAAUUUAAAGUUGUGGCCGCAUGCCCGUAAGUACUAGAGCUUCAUCCUCCUCCUUAUAUUGAGGGUAUAGAAGGCUCAGCGUGUGAUGUCUCCUGUUUACGCGCUUUUAUUCGGCUCGCUGAGAAAACUUUACUCUCUCUAAAAAAUUUCCCUCUACUCUACUCAUGUUUACGUUUCAAUUAUUAUUGGAUUAUUAGGACAAACACCCGUAGGAAAAAAGCCAGUGGGACAUCUCACUCGUAGGACUUACUGUAAUGGGACAAAAAAGAAGUAGGAAAAAAGUAUUAGGAAAACCUGAUGUAGGAAAAAAAAUUUUAGGAAAAAUGACCUAGCACCUAACACAACAUAAUCAAUAACACUAACAUAAUCAAUUUCAGGAUGAAAUUGGCAAUUCGGCCACGCCUACUUCAAGGGGCUAAGCCUCUACAUCGAGUCAAGGAUUCGAUCUCAUCCGAAAUCCGAGCCAAAUACCGCCCUUGAGAGAGGAAAAAGUAGCUCGAGAAAUGUACUUUGAUCCUUGAUUUGAAGAGUUCAAAAUGAUUCUAAAAUGACACUGGAUCGAUCUAAAGACCUGAUAGAACUGAGUGCUUCUCGUAUGUACACUCGAAUUCUCAUACACUAACGCUACCUACUUUUUCCCCUAAAAAUAAUCGGACAUGGUAACGUGAUUCAGCAGAGGAUUGCACAUCCAAUUUAAAGAUGAUAUAUAACACACUUAAAAAUUGAAUGAAAUUGGCAUUCAGUCGAGUUAGUAGCUUAAAUUUAUAUCACUGUACUAAUUCCCUGAUAAAUCUUUCAGUCUAAACUGAGCUCAUCCGAACAUAUUACACUCCAUGUGUUUCUCUUUCGAGUGAUCAUAAAAGAGGCAGACAGAAUAAUGUAAAAUAUUAAGUGUCUUGAAAAUUCUGCUACCUUCCUCUAAAUUUUCAUCGAAUCGUUACUUUGAAGCGUUGAACUUUACUUUUGAUUCAAUACAGGCUAUUUCGUCAUGAUAAGUCAAACAGUCAAUAUAUGUGCUAUCGGAAUCUGUGCGUUCACUCUCAACUCUGGUUACUUUGCUCUAACAGAUAUUCAGAAACCUUUACUACUAAGCGCGCAUGAUGACAACCCUGAUUUUAACGUCGAUGGAUACACUCUCGCAGGUGUGUUAUACUCUUCUCUUGCAAUCAGUUUAAUCCUCGUCCCUUCAGUUAUUUCACUCAUCGGCCUCCGAUUGGCAUUAUUUAUUGGAACUGCAUGCUACAUAGCUCCUCCAGUAACAAUUUUAUUAGAGAACAGUUGGUUACUCUACAUAGCCGGAUCGCUAAAUGGAAUCGGCACCGCUCUAGUGGCUACUGCAACUUCAACUUACUUAGUAUUGAACUCAACUGAGGAAACGCUUGCACGAAAUACGGCUUUAUGGUGGUUCUUUUUUCAAGGCGGGCUAUUUCCGGGCAAUCUAUUCACAUACCUUACAUUCAAAAAUUUAACCUUGAAAAUAGAUGAGGCUACGCGUCAUCUUGUUUUAUUCGUGCUGACUGGAAUAAUGGUUACGGGAGCUUUGAUGGUUUUGUUGCUGAGAGAGGUUCAACGAAAAGAAAAGGAACCAGCUGAUCCCGCGUGGCAAGCAUUGAGGAGGACUUGGGAUAUAGCUCUUUCAAAAAAUACGGCUAUUCUUCUUGCGGCUUAUGGAUAUACUGGUUUACAUAUGUCUUUCAUUACCGGUAUCUAUGGAUCUAGCAUUGGGUUCACAUUACAAAUUGGAGAGGGUGUUAAGAGACUCGUUCCCUUGUCUGCAGUUUUGACUGGAUGCGGAGAAGUGUCGGGUGGAGUUCUUGUGAGAAUUUUUGGGAACGUGAAGAUAUUUCGGAUUAACGUAUUUAUUGUUCUGGCUGUGAUCCUCAAUUGUAUUUUCUAUUUGAUAGUUUUUUUGAGCUUACCUGCUGAUGCAAAUUUUGGAAAUACGAAUCAAAAAUCUAUUAUUGAACCGAGGAUAUGGCUCUUACUACUUGCGAGUUAUUUUUUUGGAUUGGGUGACAGUUUCCAAAACAUUCAGUCUUACGCUUUAGUAGGAUCUCUUCAUCCUACCGAUAGUGCUUCCGCAUUCAGUGUCUUUAAAAUCGUGAGAGCUGCUUUCUCAGCCGCUAGCUUCUACUUCGGCCGGUACUUGCCUCUCUCAACUCAACUGCUCCUCUUGACGAUUUUCGGUACUCUGGGAAUGAUAACUUUCAACAUUGUACACGUGGCCCACGAACAAAAGAAAUCAGGGGAAAGACAUUAAGUGCUUCCAUUUUAUGUUUUUUGCUUAAAGUCACGUAAUUUUAGAAAACUUAAAUAUCUUACUUCAUAUGAAUGGACAGGAAACAUGCCUCCUUAUAAAGCUCCUACGUUGAUAUUUUGUAUUAUACUUGAGUGAUGACCUAAGA